AGAAAACAGUAUCAGACUGUCAGAUGAUGGAGAACGCUUUCUGUGUGUCUACUGUGAUUGUGCUGAGGGGCGGAGAGUGUGUGUGUGUGUGUGUCUUUGUCUAGAGUUACUUCAGCUGUCCAGAAGCAUAUGGGUGGAGAGAGGCUCUGGAAACGUGUGUGUUUAUAAAGAGAGGCGCGGCCUAAAGGGGGAGUUCCAGACCUCCGAGUGACGACUGCAGUUUUCUCCUGCGCUCAAACACUCGCAGCAGCAGCGUGAGAAGAUGUUUACCAGCGCCGGACUCCGUAUCCGAAGACAUUCUGAGCAUCUGAAUGCAGAGAAGAAAGACAGAAGCGAAUGAAGCAAACGCUCAGACAUGAAGAGCAGAAGAUCAAGAAGCACAGGCUGAAAGAGAUGGAGACGCACACGACUGAAAAGUGAGCGAGACGUGAGAUGAGACUGCAGCGUACCUACAGGAUGAACAAGUGUUUCCUGCUGCGCGCGAGUCUCCUGCUGUCGCUGCUGUGCGUCUGCGCUCACGUCUAUGUGGAGCUCAAUGGCUUGUGUCUGACGGCGGCGGUUCGACUCCAGAAACAGACCCCGAAUCGCAGGCAUCAGAAGGCCGUUACCAGGGCAGCUUUGGCUGAUGCUGCAUCCACGUGCUGCCGGCCGCUGAAACAUCACAGACAGAUUCCUAGAUGGAAGAUCGACCUUGAACCGUGGGCCGCAGAGACGCGCGGCUUACAGGAGGAAGCCGAUCGAUUCCUCAGAUACAUCUCUACACCGCAGGUGUCCUGUGAGAGACCAGCGUCGGCACCGCCCAUGCUUGACAGAGAGGAUCAUGGGUCUUGGGUUCUGUGUUUGGACCGCCGGUUCAGUCUGGCCGAGCGUAUCGCGUCGAAACGCUGCCGUGUGUAUUCGCUCAGGUUAGGAGCGGAGGAUGAUGGUCUGGAGCGGCUGUUAGCCGGAUCAGGCUGUGAGGUUCACUGCUUCGACCCCAGUAUCAGAGGAGCUCACCUGCAGGACGCACACAUGUGGCUCCACCGGCUCUCCGUCGACUGGAGGGACCCGAACCCCGCCGUCCCGGCCCAGAGACUCCACAGCGGCACCAAGAAACUCGCCGCCAUCCUCAACGACUUCGGCCACAGACAGGUGGAUGUCCUGAAGGUGGACCUGGAAAGUGCCGAGUGGAAGAUUCUGGAGAACCUGAUUCUGGAGCAGGUGCUGGACUCCAUCGGCCUGCUGCUGCUGGAGCUGCACCUGCACUGGGCGGGGUUUGAGGUGGGCGGAGACGAGCCCUCGGUGGUCCGCUACUGGUUCAGCCUGCUCAGGGAGUUGGAGCGCGCUCAUUUCCGCCUCUAUCACAGCUACAGCGACCCGACCAAACCGCGCCUGUUCCUGCACAGAAACCUGCAGAACACCAGCAGCUCCUUCGUCCUGGGAUGGGUGAACACUCAGUUUGUGCCGCGAGGAUGAUCAGGCUCUGUUCUGAAGAGAAACACUUCAUAACGCAAACCCAGCGGUCUUGGGUUGAUUAGUGCGACGUUCUCAACAGUGUGUGAUUAAACGCCUCCGUACGGGAUUAAAUCAACACGUCAAUGAACGAGACACGAUUAAAGACUCUGUCAAUCAUGACUAAAGUCAUAGCGAAGGUGCAUACAUGAUGUCACACAGUUUGCUUUCAAUUUUACUCAAGAUACCAUCUCUUCUGACAAGAAACGAUCGUAACAAUAGGGGAAAAGCAAACUGAAGAAACUCAACUGAAGAAAAAGAGAAAAACACAAGGCGAAAUCAUCAAGAUGACACGAAUCGCCAUGAAUCAGUACUAUGGUAACACUUUACUCAUUAUUUUGAGACAUGGUACCAUGGUAAUACUGCUGUUUUAAGGGCAUGUACCAUGUAAUAUUGCAGUAUAUGAACAUGGUUAUAGUACAUUAUCAAAGUAUCAUGGUAGCACAAAAUAUAAUUAUAUAAUGUAUAUAUAUAUUAAAAUUACAUACAUUUUAAUUAAAAUCAGUAGUGUGUGUAUAUAUAUGAAGAGUUUGGUUCCAAAACGCCAUUUUUAAAAAAAAAAAAGAGUUUCCCCCAAAAUCAGUAUCGGUAUUGAAAAGUCAUUUAUUAAUUUUGCGCAAAAUGCGAUAUCCGUCGUGUUAUUCUGUCACGUUUUUUCCCUUUCUUUUCAAAACACGACAAACGCCACUCUCCCUUCUCUGCAGAAUGCGAUAUAUCCGCUCGACCAAUCACAGCGCACCAUUCCACGCACUGUGAAUAGUAAUGCCGGCGCUCUGAAUACACCCGGCAUCCUAGUUUUCCUUGUACUUUGUGAUCAACAAAAACAGAAAAAUGAAUAAUUUUGACGGCAUUGACGAACCUGCGGUGGUUUAUUUUUAACCGUGCGGUGGCGCCAGAUAUUCUUUAAUCAGUAAUGACAAACGGAGACAUAAUUAAUUUAUAACAUUAACAAGAUGACUCGUUGAAUUCAUUUUGGGAGCGACGGCUGAAUGUAUUUUUAGUAAAAUGCCUGUAUAUAAGAAUAGUAUUGUCAGUUCAGAGGCUGUCAUAAAUGUCAAUCAACUUACUUUGUUGUGUAUUUUCAAUAUGAAAAAUAACUUUUAUAUUGAUCCAAUGGAUUGAUUGCAUUUUGGGGGAAAAAUAAUCAGUUUUUAUAAUAAAUCUUUAAAAAUCAAAAUCUAGAUUUGAAUUUUUAAUGUUAUUAUAAUCAAAAGAUGCUAUGUGAAAGUUUGAAACAGAAAAUAGUGGUUUUCAUCUUGCCGCUUUCUUGGUAAAGAAAACACAUUUUUACUUAAAUUAAUCAAAAUGGAGUUAUAGCGUUUUGGAUCCAAACUCUUCAUACAUAUUAGUGGUCAACUGAUAUAUUGGCUGAUAUUUGAUAUUUUGUAAUUAUCGGCAUCUGUUUAAGUUUUUCCUUGUUCAUAUUAAAAAUAACAAAUAUUUAGCAAUUUUAUUAGGAUUUUUAAAUUUUUUUAGGAUUUUUUAAUUUAUGAAAUUUUAAUAUAUAUAUUUAUAUAUAUUAGGGCUGUCAAGUGAUUCAAAUUUUUAAUGAAUUAAUUACAUGAUGUGGCGAUUGAUUAAUCUAAUUUUGGCUGAGAAAUUACCCCUAAAGUCAUUAUUGUGUAAAGCAUCGAAUAAACAUCACAAAAAGUAGCUUCAGAAAGAAAUAUUUUAUUUGAUUCAACAUAGAAUUUAUUACACUUACUCUUUUGGACCACGAGGUUGAGUAAAUGAUGACUGAAUUUUCAUUUCUGAGUGAACUAUACCUUUAAUUUCUUUUUAAUUAGUAUGGAAAUAUGAAAAACUAAAACUGCCAGUAGGUGGCGGUAAAUGUCUUAAUGAUUAAGAUUCAUUCAAACGGCUGAUUCAAUCAUGAGUAAUUGUUCUCUUCAGGCUUGUUGAUUUGAAGCGGCGCUACACACGGUGUAUAUCAAAGUACCAUGAGAGUGAAUAGAAAAUUAAGUGUUAAAAAUGAACGUAUUGUUUUUUUACCAUAAUUAAUUAAUCGAAUUAACGCAUUAAAUUGACAGCCCUAAUAUUUACAAGUUGUUAACUAAUAUAUCAGCCGAUAUUUGACAUUUUUUAAUUAUCAGCAUAUACGUUUUUCUGUCUGACUUUUAUUUUGACAUUGCACUGCUGAUUUUAUUAAUAAAAUUAUGUAAUUUUAUUAUAUAUAUAUAUAUAUAUAUAUAUACAAAUUUAUAUACGUUUACAGUUAAAUGUUUAUUUUUAUUAAAUUAUAAUGCUUCUAAUUAAUUUUGUACUACAAAUAUAAUAAAAAAUAUAAUUCUACCUUUUUUUUGUACUGCAAAAUUGAUUUAAAUCCAUUUUGAUCAAACAUUCAUGCACCACACAAGUAGUACCCAUGAUGCAAAGCGCUCAACCAGCUUACAACUGAUUUCAACUCAGUACUCUAUUAAACAAAUAUUAAAUGAAAUUUGCGUUUCCCAAAAGCAUCAUAAGUAGAUUAUAGAAAUCACUGGCGCCAGUGAUCUACGAUGCUUCUGGGAAAUGCAGAAAUAUUUUCAGUAUGGAAUAAAGUAUAUUUAUGGUAUAUUUUGUAAGUGUUGCUCAAUAAAAAUGGGCUGAAAUCAGGAA